AUGGCUUCAUCCAGCUGCUACAACUCCCCUUGUGCUGCUUGCAAAUUCCUUAGGAGAAAAUGUCUUCCUUGUUGCAUUUUUGCACCUCAUUUCCCACCUGAGGAGCCACACAAAUUUGCCAAUGUUCACAAAAUUUUUGGGGCUAGCAAUGUGACCAAGCUUUUGAACGAAGUCCUCCCUCAUCAGAGGGAGGACGCGGUCAACACUCUGGCCUACGAGGCGGAGGCCAGAGUGAGGGACCCCGUUUAUGGUUGUGUUAGCGCAAUAACUUUCCUCCAACGCCAGGUCGAGCGCCUUGAGAAGGAGCUCGACGCGGCGAAGGCGGAUUUAAUGCGCUAUGCUUCAAAUUGCAAUGAUGUGUCACCACCAUUAAUUGGUUCUCAUCAUCAUGAAGGAGAAAAUAUUGGAUCAACACUUCAUAACAUGGCAAUUAGUAGAAGAAUGGGAUAUGAUCAUCAUGGAGGAGGAGGAAGCUAUUUUCCUUGGAAUGAUCAAAACACCUCAGGAGGAGGAGGAGGAAAUAUUUGA